AUGUCUUCUUCCAAUAAUAAUUACGGCCUUUACGGAGAUUCCUAUGGCUCAACAAAUCAACAACCACAACAUCAAAACACGGAAACUACCCAUUCCUACUUGAGCUCACAACGAAAAUUUGCCAAGCCGUUAGAUGCCGGAAAAACUGAAUUACGGAUUGAUGAAAGUAGUUUUAGAAGAGAGGAUCAUGAUUUGGAGAGUCAUUAUCGGGGAGACAUUGGAAAGAGAAAAAGUGCUGUAAAGACAACUUUGGUGAAUUUAGUGAAGGCUGUUGUGAUUAUGGUGUUAUUUGCCUUCUUUGUGGGAGUGGUGAUUUUAAUAGUCCAGUUGGUAGAGCUGUUCCAUGCUUCCCAGAUUGCCGAUUACAAUAUUCAUAUUAAAUUGAGUGCUGAAUGUGAAGCCGCAGCAAUGGAUAUCAAUAAUAGAGUGACAGGCAUGGAUCCGAAUCAACAAAUUAAUUUCAAUAUCACUCAUCAGCCUCACGUGACGCUAUACUUGACAAGAUUUAUUUCCGAAUUUAGAGAUACUAUUGUGAACGAUUUGAACAAUACCUUAAUCUCUCAAUUCAACGCUCUUAAUUUGGGUAAUUGCUCAGUGUCUACCACUACGUAUUUUAACGUGUCAGGAUCAUAUGCCAUGUGGGAUGUUCAAAAUUCACCAUGUCUUCAAGGCCUAAGCAAUGCAAUUGUGAAUGCCACUGCUCGUUAUGUAGAUCCAAGAAGUAAGAGCACAAUUCCUUCCUGGGUCAAUAAUUUGCCACCUCAACUUCGCCAAGUGAAAAUUUUGAUGAUUCAACAAUACGGCUCGCCUAACGUUUUUUCACAAUUCCAACCUCAUGUGACCAUAGCACAUGAUGAUGUGACUCCAACACAACUGGACUCUGCAGUCCGUGCAAUUGGAAAUCCCGUGCCUUGUACCUACAAACUCAGAUAUGUCAGCAUUGGCCUCACUGGAGAUUAUGGUACAGUAUUGCGAGGAAAAGACGUUGCCAUCUUUGAUUUGGAACAGCUAUAA